CACUAACUAAGCAAUUUGUAAAGAAAAAGGAAAAUGUCGCUUGCGGACGAAUUACUGGCUGACCUUGAGGAGGACAACGACAAUGAGCUGGACGAGGAUGAUACUGAAAUGGGAAAUGCCGAGGAUGAAAAAGAAUUGGCGGAAAAACUAUUGAAGCCAGCUCCAAAUUUGAUGGACGUGGAUGUCACAGUGCAGUCGGUGCGCGAGCUGUGUAAGUUACGUGACUCGAAGCGUUUGCAGGAUACACUCCAGCAGAUCGAACAUUACGCCAGUAGACAGAGGACCGCCGCCGAAAUGCUGGGCAGCGUGGAGUCCGACCCGGAAUACUGUCUAAUUGUGGACGCCAAUGCCAUUGCCGUAGACAUUGACAACGAGAUCUCCAUAGUGCACAAGUUCACCAAGGAGAAAUAUCAGAAGCGCUUCCCAGAACUAGAUUCGCUGAUAGUUGGCGAAAUUGAGUAUUUGCUUGCGGUCAAGGAGUUGGGCAAUGACCUGGACCAGGUGAAAAGCAACGAGAAGCUACAGGCCAUACUUACGCAGGCCACCAUUAUGAUUGUCUCUGUGACAGCCUCCACUACGCAAGGUACCAUGCUGACGCCGGCGGAAAAGGCCAAAAUUGAUGAAGCCUGUGAGAUGGCCAUUGAGCUAAAUAACUUCAAGUCAAAAAUUUAUGAAUACGUUGAGAGCCGCAUGACCUUCAUAGCCCCAAAUCUUUCCAUGAUAAUCGGUGCUUCCACGGCGGCCAAACUUUUAGGAAUCGCUGGCGGUCUCACCAAGAUCUCUAAGAUGCCGGCCUGCAAUGUUCAGGUCUUGGGAUCACAAAGGAAAACUCUUUCGGGCUUCUCACAGACACAGAUGCUUCCGCAUACGGGCUAUGUUUAUUACUCGCAGAUUGUCCAGGACACGGCGCCGGAUUUGCGACGUAAGGCGGCUAGGUUGGUUGCAGCCAAAGCCGUUCUGGCUGCUCGUGUGGAUGCCUGUCAUGAGAGCAUCCAUGGCGAAAUUGGAUUGCGGUUCAAAGAGGACAUUGAAAAAAAGCUGGACAAGCUGCAGGAGCCACCGCCGGUGAAGUUUAUCAAGCCGCUCCCCAAGCCCAUUGAGGGAAGCAAGAAAAAGCGUGGAGGAAAACGCGUGCGCAAGAUGAAAGAACGGUAUGCCCUGACUGAGUUCCGGAAGCAGGCGAACCGCAUGAAUUUUGGUGAUAUCGAAGAGGAUGCCUACCAGGGCGAUUUGGGCUACUCCCGUGGCACCAUUGGAAAGACCGGAACUGGCCGUAUCCGCUUGCCCCAGGUGGAUGAGAAGACUAAGGUGCGCAUCAGCAAGACUCUGCACAAAAACCUGCAGAAACAGCAGGUAUAUGGCGGCAACACAACGGUCAAGCGCCAAAUCUCUGGCACGGCCUCUAGUGUAGCCUUCACGCCACUGCAGGGUCUGGAGAUUGUGAAUCCGCAGGCGGCGGAACGAUCACAAACGGAAGCCAACGCAAAAUACUUUUCCAAUACCUCCGGGUUUCUCUCUGUUGGAAAUUGAACAACUUAAAAUAAUGGUCCUUUUGUCUAUACUAUCAAAUGAAGCACUUUUAUUAAUAAAUUUGUCUGGCUUAAAAUGAGAUAGGCGUUGUAAAGCUGCAAUAAAGCUGUAAAGGAGA